CUGUGGAAUCAUUAUUAGUGUUUCUAAUUUCUAUAAUAUCGGUUAUGUUCAAAACUUAAAGUUUUUCAUUUAGUCAUGCUUUCAGUGUCACAAAGUUCUUAGUUUUUCCAUUGUUUAUUAUUUAGUGUGGUGACACUGAAAGACCGUUCAUUUAAGUUUUUUGUUUGUUCCGUUCGUUACAUGUAAAAGUCAAACACUUCACUUUUGUCCGCUGUCCAGUCAGCUUGUGUUUUACCAUUUUUAUGUUCUGGUUGCAGUCGUCCCAUAGUAUGUACUAUGUAUUUAUUUGAGUAAAUAGAUGUAAAAUCGCUUAAAUCGAUGUACCUUAUAGGAUAUUAGUAUAAAAUUUAGCUGCAGUAUUGUAGUAUGGUUAACGUUUUCUUGGUGUGAAAAUGGAUACAUAUUUCAUUAAACGUUUACAUCUAUAAUUACAUGAAUAAUGACCAAAACAAAAUAAUAUCUAUUUAUGUUUAAAAGUUCAAUGUCAUCUUUAGAACUAAGUACACAGAAAAAUAGAAAAUCAAAUAUUGCAAGACAGUGUAGGUAAUGAUCGCUGUGCAGACACAUGCGAUCGUUUACAACUUAUUAAUUAUUUAAACGAGUAACGACGACCACAUUUCGUGGUUGAGCUUGAGUCGUUGGUGAGAUGGGUAGUUCAUAAAUUAAAACACUUUAAGUUUUAAUUUUAAUAUAGACAAUUUCUUUAUUAAGUUUAAACAACAAAUACAAAGUGAAAACAGCUUACUGCCAUAUUAUAAUUACUAACUUGGAAGGACCGUUAACUUGCGUCAAUAUGGCUGUGACGAAGUCCUCGAUGUGCAGUCGAGCUAUAGUCUUACAAUAAAGAUAACUAAUACCUAUAGCAAGUCAGGGGAUAUUUUCGAUUUGUGGAGCGGAAUGAUGGUGCCGAGGAGUGUCGCGACGAGUGCCGAUCCACGGGUAAUCACAUUUUUGGUUUCAAUUUUUUAAUCAAUUUUUGAGUUUUUAAAUAGUAAGUACUGUAAUUAAAAUCUUUUUGCAUAUUUCUUUCCAUCAUAAAAACAUAGAAUGAAAAAAAAUCAAAAAGUAGUUUUUUUGAUGUUUUUUCGUGGAUUAUUUUUGACGUAAUUAUUUUUAUAGUGUUUUAUAUUUUUUUUGGUAUAACUUUUUAAGUAAAAACAUGCAAGAAUUUUCGAAUAAGACUUUUGUGUUCAGUGUAAAACACGCAUUUUGGAAAAAAAAUGAAAAAAUUGCGUGCGUACUAAACUGCAUUUGUUCUACAAUAGCACGUGUAACGUUAUAAUAUUAUAUUUUGGAGGGGUUAACUAUGUUAACUAUGUUAUUUGUAAACAAAGUGGAGGUAACAAUUAUUCUGAUAACGCUCGGAGAUUACAACCGUUAUCAAAAUGUAAAACGGACGCGACUGACGCUAUCAUAACAAUUCACGCUUAUUAUCGUGAAAUCGGGAAAACAUAGGUACAUUACGUUACUUAAAUUGGCCGUAGUCCGUGUGUGAAGUCAUGAUAAAACUAACAAGGUAUGUCGGUAGCAUGGUUUAAGAUAGAGUUUUCUAUCUGCCACGUAAUUUUGAUGUUAGUCAUUAGAAGAAACGAUAAAAUAUAUUUUCUUUUCUAAGGAUUAGGAAUACAAACAAAAUCUUAAAUCGUGCAUAUAGGUAUUAUAAUUUAUAAUCCAAGAUCAGUUAGAUUCAUCAUGGCUUUUAGUUGAUACCAAUUCAGGAUAUUCUUCUCUAAAUCGAUGGACUACAUAUCCAGCUUAAAACUGUAACUCAUUUCUACCAAAUAUAUCUCGUGCAGUAGCAGAUGAAGAAAUAUUUUCAUCAUAACCUAAAAACUAAAACUCAAACAAAAAAAGACGAUUGAGGAACAUCUAGUUCAUUCUCAAUUGUAAUUGCUUCAACAGUUGGUGAUAUAUUAGAAGUCAAUUCUAUGGUACUUUCGAGUCAUGCAAUACUUCAAUAGACAAAACUGAUGAAUCGGUGAACUGUAAAAAGUAUAUUUGAAUAUUUGCCAAGAACAUAACAGCAUAAUCUGCAAGUGAUAGCUAGUAUUCCGAUUGAAAUGUUGCGCUUAAACAAUGAUAGCAAAAUACAAAUGAGGCUAAAUAUUCAACGACAUCGACAAAAACUUCUUCAGUGUUUAGAAAAUAGUAAUGAUACAUUUUUAAAACCUAAAAUCAAAUCAGUUUCAAAUAAUUUAGAAAAAUUUACUUUAAAUCAUAAUGUUGAACCAAAAACUGCAUUUAGUACUGAAUUAUUAAGCUCCAAACUUGAACCAACUAAGGUUACAAACCGUAAAACUAGAUCAUAUGUUCAGAAAAAACAAUUGAAAUCUGUGAUAGCUAUUAAAGAAAAAAAUCUUGAUGUUUUGAAAGAUGUUGACAAAAAAAAAAAAAAAACCAGAACAAGUGUUACUCUCAAUCAACUUCAACCAAACAUUAAAGUAAAUAUACAAGCUAAACUACCUAUAUCAAAUGUUAAAUUAAAACCAACACCUAUUUGUACCAUUGAUAAGAAAGACCCUGAACCUCCUCAACCUGUGAUUAAAAAACUCAAAGAUCUGUUAAUCGAAGAGCUAAAUAAUAGUUCAGGUUCAGAAGAUAUUGAUGAUGACAUUUCUGUUGGAAGUAAUGAGUUUUCUGUUACGUAUAGUAUGAGCGAUGUACAUGACAAUGAUAGCAGCAAUUUAAUCCCUGUUGGAGUAGAAAAACAUUAUGAACACAAACAACCGCCGGACAGUGAUGAAAGUAAAAAGGAUUCUUCAUGUUAUAGCUGUGACAGUGAUAUCGCUCAAUCUGACAACAACCACCCAGCUACCAGAAAGAAAAGUCUAACCAGAAAUUCUAGAGAGCCUUGUAAGAGAUUUAAAACUUCCCGAGAUAGAAAUACUCAUAAUACCAUAGAACAAGAAUCUCGAAAACAUGUUUCCCUAGGUUUUGUUAUUCUAAGAGAAAACCUCAGUUAUUUGAGGACAAAUAGACGUAUAGCAUCAAAGCUGAGUAUUCUUUUGGCUGCUAAAAAAGAAUGUAAAUUGUUAAGACAUUUUGAAAGUAGAUUGAUUGAAGAAAAAAAAUUAUUGCAAAAAGCAAAUUAUAUUUUUAAGAAAAGGAUAGCAGAGUUAACAGAGAUGACUAAAUAACAGACAUUUUAACUGAUUGUGUAUAGCUGGACAAGCCAGGGAAAUAUUAUGGUAAUUUUGUAAAUGUAUAUAUUACAAUGCGCAGAAUUUACUAAUUAUUCUGUCCAACUAAUUAUUUAUUAUGUUUGGUAUAUAAAAAAUUUAAUUUAUAUAUUGUAUAUUGUAUAUAUUAUUUUACUAAUAGCUCAUAGACAUUAUAAAUAUACUAUUAUAUUUUAUCUAUAAAUUGUGUAUACAUAACACAAUGUGUAUAUUAAUUGUUGUUUGUAUUAUGGGUUUCUAAUUACUAUUAGUUUUUUCUUUGUUUGUCUAUCUAAUAGGACCGGAUUUAGGAGAGGGCUGAGUGGGCUGCAGCCCAGGAGCCCCCACAAUUUUAUGAUAUUUAAAUUAGGAUACAGAAAAAAUAUUUUAUUUAUAUUUACACAUAUUUAAUUAAAUAAUAUUGAACUUUUUAUGGACAUUUAAAAAUUUUUAUUUUACUAACUAAAUAAUAGAUGUAUUCACAUUUAUUAACAAUGAACGUUCUCUAAAAAUCUAGAUAAGAUAUAAAUAUUAUUUAAUAAGUAAAAAAAUAUAUUUCCUUGUUUAUGUGUUAGGGGCCCCCACAUAUAUUCCGCCCAGGAGCCACCACAUACCUAAGUCCGUCCUUGAUACCUAUUGAUAUGUACUAACACCAAAUAAUAUUUUGUCAAAUAUUAAAUUAAUUUUUUAAAAAAUUUGGUCAGAUUUAUUUGUGUAUUCUCAACGUAAUUCUUUAUCGUGUCACAAAUAUGUGUUUAAAAUCUGUGUAUAUAUUUCUAA